AUGCGCGGCUUGUUAGCUUCUGCACCUAUCGCUGCUGGUGAAGUGCUUGGGGAAUACUUGGGACAUAUCGACUUGUUCGGCCCGCCAUGUCGAAAUGGGCCCGUCAACGAUGGCUUUCGUAUGCACUUGAAGACACGCACGACGGGGAACAAGCACUUGGGAAUUGACGCGCUGGAGAGAGGUACUAUGCUACGCCUCAUGAACCAUGCGUGUAACCCGACAGCGCGGUUUCAUGAGGUGCAGUGCGGCACGCACCUCACUGUGGUUGCUGUGGCAGUGCGAGACAUCGAAGCCGGCGAGGAAGUCACUGUGUCGUACGGCGACAAGCAAUGGUUCAUCUGUAGGUGUGGCUGGGAUGGCUGCCAACAUCGAGACAUCCAGCACCUCCCGGACGCUGCGCACGAGUCGUGA